AUGGAAAGUUUUGAUGACAUUCCACUUCCAGUCAGCACUCUGCCUGAAACGGUCUCUCUAAGCGAUCGCUCGGCAGCUCCCCCUGAGGCUGGCAGCAAUGGCAUACCUGACAUUGUUAUUUUACACGACAGCGAUGAGGCGGCGUCCCAGAAAAAGGGGAAACAAUCCCCACGGCCUGAGUCUUCUGAGCCAGGACUGAACUUGAAUACCGCUGAAGAUGUUCCCCCUGCCUUCCCACAGUUACUAUAUCAACGGCGAAGCUCAAUAGAUAUGCACAUUCCCGAUGCAGACGGAGACGGUGCUGACGAAGAGCCAAAUAUUGCAAAAUCAUUCCAACGAUCCUCCUCUCCAGCUGCGGCUCAGCUAAGCCGUGAGGCAUGUGAUGAAUAUCCCGGUGAUACCGGGAUCUCAACAAUGCAUAAAUUUUCCCUAUAUGAGACUUCUACGCGAUAUUAUAUGGUCGGAAUGGACUUGCUUGAUAAACGCUUUCGCAUUUUGAAAAUUGACCGGACUUCUGGGCUGGAUGAUCUUACUGUUGCCGAGGAUGACACCGUGUAUACCAAAAGGGAGAUGAACCAACUUCUUGACGCAGUCGACGAUGGAAAUAAAAGUUCAGGCGGCUUAAAACUGCGCUGUAGCGCUUGGGGGCUGCUUGGAUUCAUAAAAUUCACCGGUGCAUAUUAUAUGUUACUUGUAACAAAACGCAGCCAAGUUGCAAUGAUUGGAGGUCAUUAUAUCUACCAGAUUGACGAUACAGAAUUGGUACCAUUAAGCUCACUUAGCGGCAACAGGACUAAAUCGGACAAGCACGCGGAAGAGGCAAGGUUCAUAAGUAUAAUGAACAAUGUUGACUUGACGCGUUCAUUUUACUUCAGCUAUUCGUACAACAUUACUCGAACGUUGCAGGAGAAUAUUGCUGCGGAGCGGAAAGCUCUUGGGGAAGGUAUACAACGCGCACUUCACCAAAAUCACAAUUCAAUGUUCGUCUGGAAUGACUACCUCCUGAAACCCGCCGUAUCUUCUUUGAAGAAUGCAUACGACUGGUGUCUUCCUAUCAUCCAUGGCUAUGUGGAUCAAUCAUCAAUCUCGGUGUAUGGAAGAGUUGUGUUUGUUACACUCAUUGCUCGGCGGUCCCGAUUUUUUGCUGGCGCUCGCUUUCUCAAACGUGGUGCCAAUGACCUUGGUUAUGUUGCUAACGAUGUGGAGACCGAGCAAAUAGUUUCGGAGAUGUUAACUACCUCUUUCCAUGCCCCAGGGCCCAAGUUAUACUGUAAUCGACAGUAUACUUCUUAUGUUCAGCACAGGGGAAGCAUUCCGCUUUACUGGACUCAGGAUAAUACCGGGGUUAGUCCAAAACCGGAUAUUGAGCUGAACCUUGUUGAUCCGUUCUACUCUGCUGCGGCACUUCAUUUUAACAAUUUGUUUCACAGAUAUGGUGCUCCCAUAUAUGUCCUGAAUCUUGUAAAGUCAAGAGAGAGAGUUCCCAGGGAAUCCAAACUGCUUGUAGAGUAUACCCGGGCGAUUACAUAUCUCAACCAGUUUCUCCCAGAUGAUAAAAAGAUUAUCUAUAAAGCAUGGGAUAUGAGUCGAGCGUCGAAAAGCUCGGAUCAAGAUGUGAUUGCAACACUAGAAAAGAUGGCGGAAAAUAUCAUUCCACAAACGGGAUUUUUCCAAAAUGGAGACAAUUCUGAAACAGGUUUAAAAAUGCAAAAUGGUAUCGCUAGGACGAAUUGCAUUGACUGUCUUGACAGGACGAAUGCUGCUCAGUUUGUCAUUGCCAAAAGAGCUCUGGGGCAUCAGCUACAUGCUCUCGGAAUUAUCGAUGAUACAUCUGUCGCCUAUGAUACCGAUGCUAUCAAUAUGUUUACAAAUAUGUGGCAUGCUCAUGGCGACACGAUAGCAGUUCAAUACGGCGGAUCACAUCUUGUGAAUACAAUGGCCACAUAUCGAAAGCUGAACCAAUGGACUGGCCAUUCAAGGGAUAUGGUGGAAAGCUUUAAACGCUUUUAUAAUAACUCAUUUCUUGACGCCCAGAGGCAGGAAGCGUAUAAUCUCUUCCUGGGGAACUAUGUAUUUACUCAUGAUCAGCCGAUGCUCUGGGACCUUUCGACGGAUUAUCAUCUCCACCAUUCGAGCCCUCGAGCGUGGGCGAAUUCCAAUAGACACAAUUAUAUCAAUUGGUAUACACCGGAAUUUUUGGAAAAACGCCAAAUGCCUCCGACGAUGUUUCCUCAAGGAGUUUCAAAAGCCCCAAUACGGCUCUUCGAUGACUAUUGGCUUGAAUAUUAUAGACCAUUGGCAGUCUCCUCCUUUUCAAAGGUGUUCUCUUUUAAAAUGAAGUCUACACUCCAUAAUCUUCCUUUUAGGUCUACUCAACAAGGCCGUUACGACUUAAGUCCAUUUGUGGUUCGCGCCGACCAUGAGACCGCGGAUUCCCGCGAAAAGAAAACUCCAAGAAAGAAAGCGCUUGCCAUUCAAGAACCACUUGAGAGGAUCAUCGAGGAUGCUCGCUCUAGUACCUCUAGCAAAGACCGUGUUACUUCAUCCGAGCCACUUCGUCUUUGGCUCCAGCAACCGAUAAGUACCGAGAACGGGGCACCCAACCAGAGCAGCAUUAUAAAGACAGAACCAUUUCCUCCACUCCUGAUCUCCCAUAACUCGGAUUCGUACUUGCCCAAAGUUCAGAAUCAAUAUAGUUUCAACCAACUUAUCACCGAUUCACUAAAUCCUAGUAUAUCCACCUCAGAAGCUGUGGAAUACGAGCGAUAUAUAAACCAUCCAUUGAAAGUUCCAUUGGUUGUCACGUCGGAAUCGCCAGUUGAAGCAACCGCAGAUAACAAGAGCCAUGACCUAGCCGAAUAUGUGAAUAAAGUUCUUCUAGACGAUGCUGCUCUCGAUGCUGUAGCGGAGGACAAUCUCGCGGAUUAUAUUGAGUUCCUAAACGUUGGAGAUGAAGGCCUAACUGUCAUAAAAGAAGAUUAUGAUAAAAAGCGGUAUAAACGGUACCGACAGUGGUUGAGAGGUAAAAGCUUGUUUAAGCAGGGAAUCGACUUAUAG